GAACAUUACGACUGUGUGGGCUUUAUUAAUGUAGUUUAGUCAAGUAAGCAGUUAUUAGAGCAGUGUAUCAUAUUAGUUUGAGAGUCACUUAUUGUAUUGAGUUUGAGUUUGGUUAAAAACCUCGAACCCCCUGUGAAUGGUACCAGUAUCCCUGCUGUAGCUCUGCUAGAGAAACAAUGGAGAAAAUAAGUGAGAAACUUCUGCUGCAGAAAGGCUCGCCAAAGACCGACAGACUGGAGCAAAUCACCUCCCUGAAUCUGUCUAAGCUUGGACUGAAGCUUCGGGACUUGCCAGUCAGGUUGCUGUCCUGUCUGCAGUCCCUCGAGCGUUGGGAUCUGUCUGGAAACGCACUGCAAGAGUUACCCAAGAAUCUGAAGCUGCCUACACUUCGAUACCUGGAUCUGAGUGACAACCAGAUGGAGGAUGUGACAACUCUAGAGUCUCUAAGCAGCUUGGAGGAGCUGAAGAUGGAGGAAAACCUUUAUAUCACUGUGAGUGAUAAUUACAAACUGAUGGUACUGUUGCCCAACCUGAGGAUCUACAAUGGUAAAGAUGUCAGUACUACUGCCAACCAUUUGCGCUAUGUCUACACUGAGAACCUGAGAACCAGGAUCCAUGCACUGUGGGAGAGGAGCUUCCAUCUCCCCGAUCCUAUCACAGCAAAGAAGCUGUCUGAGCUGGAGACAGAGUUUGUCAACACUGCCCGUCACCAGGUGAAAUAUGGACCCAGCUCAGUCUCUGACUUCGUCAAAUGGAAGGUGGAGAUUAUGGCAAAAGAGUACCUGCACUCUCUGGUAGAACCAAAGACGCUACGGGAGAGCAACAAGACAACUGAUACAAAAGACAACUGUGAUAUCUCAACUCCUACUAAGAGGAAAAAAACACCAGAAACCAGCGUAAGUCUGGCGCCUGGUAAAAAGCUGUGCUCAGAUCUCCCUGACUCUUCAGCUGAAGACAGUCCUUGCAAAUCCCAACUCCUCCUCAAAUCUAAGACAUUUACUGAGAACAACUGUGUCAGGAUGAGCCCCCGCAAGAGAGGCACGUCUCCCUCCACCCCCGGCAGAGGACGGCCCAGGGUGGAGACACCCAGGACAGCUGCUAAGAGAGAGAACGGUGCACAGAUUAAAGAGGAGAUGGAUGCGGGUGCUAAACAGAGGGCUAUUGACAUGCUUCCUGCACUAAAGACACAGCAGCCGCUGAGUCUGAAGCCUCUUCACGUUCUCCAGUGCCACAGUAAACAGGACAGCAGCGAGGAUUUCUCCACUCAGCUGUGGGCCUGUGCUUUCCAGCCGCUGCCACCUUCCUCUGGCGGUGCUGGAGGAACCCGUAUGGUUGCCACCUGUGGAGGUGACUCUAUCUGUGUGAUUGACUGUGAAACAGGGAUGGUGAUGAAGAAAUACAAAGUUCCUGGGGAGGAAUUCUUCUCCUUGGCCUGGUCCACUGUGUUGAUGUCCAGGGGAGGCGGGGCCUCAGCUCAACACUGCAGCAUCCUGGCAGCUGGUGGAAAGAGAGGACUGGUCAAACUGAUCCAUCCCCGAAACAACGUGGCGUACGGGGAGUUCAGAGCCAGUCGCAAGUCCCUGUCUGUCCUCCGCUUCAACCAUCACAAGGGAAACUACCUUUUUACGGGAUCAUAUGAUAACAGGAUAUUGAUGUGGGACAUUGGUGGAGUGGACAGCCAGUACAACUUCAAAGUUGUUCAGUUACUGCUGUUGGAAACCAGUGCCACACCUCUGCACAUCUGCCUCCCUCCCACCUCCCCGAGCACUCACCUGCUCACAGGCUGUGAGGACGGACUGCACUGCUUCAACACACAACUUGGUGCCAACAGCACCACCAAGAGCAGGUCCAAUGAGAUGGAGAUAACCUUCCCCAUAUAUGAGAGGGAAGACAAAGACCAUGACUACCACACUGUGGAUGGCCUGAGUUUCCUUUCUGAUGACAUAGUCGCCUCCAAGAACUACUUGCAUGGUUCAAUUUACCUGUGGAGCUGGAGCAGGACUAAGGCUCAGCGGCCUGAUAAGAAGAGCAGGACAGUGUUUGCUGUGGUUCUUGCUGAGCUGCAGUGGGCCAACACUGAGAUUCCAUACCUGGCUCUUAACACAUGUCCUGGUCAGGUCUAUGUCGUGUGUGGUGAUGACAAAGGCAGGCUGUGGACAUACCACGUCUCCCACCUCCACACUGGGAAAGCCAUACCCCCCACUGAGGUGCUCGAGUGGCCGAUGCCUUUAAGGACGGAUCACAGCCAAAUGGACGGCCCCUCCAUCAACAGUGUAGCAAUGGACCCUGAGCUCCAGUACUUGGUGGCUCUUAGUGACAAGAAUAUGGUGAUGGUGUGGAAAAGAGACCAGUGCUCCUCCUCCUGAGCAGCGUUCCUCCUCCUGACCAGUGCUCCUCCUCCUGAGCAGCGUUCCUCCUCCUGACCAGUG